AAGAGGGAGAGAGAGAGGAAUAGAGAGGGAGAGGGAAAUGGCAAACACUUGUCACAGUGGAGGGUCCCCUUCAUCUGCACCACCCCAGGCAUUGGACAUGUUCCUAGUUUUGAUUUUUUUUCUGGUUUUGUCUAUUUUCCUUAUCAGAGAAAUACUACAGGUCUGUUACUUGAGCUAAAACAGGAUUCUGAGGAAAUAAGGAAAGAAGAUGCGAAGCCAGAGGUCGAGUGGUUCUACUCUACUCUUAAUGUCCCACUGGUGACUUCCUUGAAGUUCUGAUCAGAAAACUGAAAUCCAGAGACGUUAGGUCCAUCCCACAGGUGACACGUGUGGUUAGCGAUGAAGCUUCUGCUCAUUUUGUGCUCCCACAGAACGUAUCGUCUAUCACGUGCGAUGUCCCUCCCUGUCACCAGGCACUGCAGACUUCCUUAGGAGGGAAUCCAGAGUCAUGUAGACAGAACACUAAAUGUGGAUUCCAAGAGAGAAGGCCUCAUUAUUUAGACUUUUCGACCUCCAAGAGUUUUCAUAUCGUUGUUCUAUUUCCCGUUGCUUCUCACGGAAGGCUUGCUGAUCAACCGACCAAUCAAGAAGAGGAGGUCUUCUCUCAUGACAGUCCCAUCUACAAAGCCAGAUCUCUCCAAAAGACCCCAACUCAGGAACGCUUGAGCAAAUGGUGAGAGUCCCCGAGUGUUCAGUCUCACGUCUGUAGUCUGUCUGCGCUCCAGAGCUGAACAGAUAUGGAAAGAACAAACUUGAGCCAAGAGAUGGAGUUUGAGCUCUUGGGCCUCACCAGUGACCCCCAGCUCCAAAAGCUGCUCUUUGUGGUGUUUCUGAUCAUGUACUCCAUCACUGUGUUGGGAAACCUGGUCAUGUUCUUUCUCAUCCAUGUGAGUACCACUCUGCACACACCCAUGUAUUCCCUCCUCAAGAGCCUUUCCUUCCUGGAUUUCUGCUACUCUUCUACGGUGGUCCCCCAGACACUGAUGAACUUCUUGGUUCAGAGGAAGGUAAUCUCUUACUUUGGCUGCAUGGCUCAGAUGUUCUUUUACGCGGGCUUCGCCACCAGCGAGUGCUACCUCAUUGCCGCGAUGGCCUAUGACCGCUACGUCGCUGUUUGCAACCCACUCCUCUAUCCAACCAUCGUGUCUCCUAACGUCUGUGCCUCUCUCAUCGUUGGCUCCUAUAGCGCCGGGUUUCUCAAUUCUCUGAUCCACACAAGCUGCAUCUUCAGUCUGAACUUCUGUGGUGCUCACGUGGUCACUCAUUUCUUCUGCGACGGACCGCCCAUCCUGUCCCUGUCCUGCGUGGACACUUCGCUGUGUGAGAUCUUGCUCUUCAUUUUUGCGGGCUUUAACCUUCUGAGCUGCACUCUCACCAUCUUGAUUUCCUACUUCUUAAUCUUCGUCGCCAUCCUCCGAAUGCAUUCAACCCAGGGAAGGUUCAAAGCGCUCUCCACCUGCACUUCCCACCUCACGGCUGUGUGCUUCUUCUUUGGCACGACACUUUUUAUGUACUUGCGCCCUAGGUCCAGCUACUCCUUGACCCAGGACCGCACAGUUGCCGUGAUCUACACAGUGGUGAUCCCAAUGCUGAACCCCUUAAUCUACUCUUUGAGAAACAAGGAUGUGAAGGAGGCUUUAAGGAGGGUUUGGGGCUGGAAAUCAAUGCGAUGACAUUUUAGUUAGUUUCCAUUGCUGUGGAAUGGACCAUGACCAAGGCAAGUCUUAUAAAGGACAACAUUUAACUGGGGCUGGCUUACAGGUUCAGAGGUUCAAUCCAUUGUCAUCGGGGUGGGAAUAUGGCAGCAUCCAGGUAGGCAUGGUGUGGGGAAAGCUGAGAGUUCUACAUCUUGUUUUGAGAGCAAACAUGAGAGGCUUCCAGGAAGCUAGGAGAAGAAUCUCAAAGCCAAUUCUCAAUGUGACACACUUCCUCUAACAAAGCCAUGCCCACUCCAACAAGGCUACACUUCCUAAUAGUGACACUUCCUGGUUUGCCAAAAAUUCAAACCACCACAGAGGAUCUUCUUGACUCACGUGUCUUUAGGAAGAAAAGAGAGCUGCCUCUUAUGGGGUGUUGGCUCCAAGAAUGUCCCCAAGCUCACCCUGUGAAUCACACCCUCUGGUCUGGGGGUGCUUUUGCAACUAUCCACAAGAAGAACUGUUGGUUUCACAGGGACUAAGAAUCUAGAAAGAUCUUCUGCUCUUGUUUAAUUGGACUCAUUGGUCAAGACUAAUAAUGGCUUUGAUCUAAUAUUUUAUCCAUAAUUUGAAAUUUGUGAAUAAUUUAUUUUCCUAUUAGAAACAGACAUUUUUGUUCUUCAUAUUAAGGUUAUUUCCUGUGAGGCAUAGUGACUCAUACUUUUAAUCCCGGCACUUGAAAGGAGACACAAGUCCAAAGGCAGCCUCAGCGACACAGUGAGACCCUGAUGCAAUGUGGUCAUCAUUAAAUUAAGCAAAAUAAGCGAGACAAAGAAAAACAAAUGUUACAUGCUUUCUUUCAAUCAUAGAUCCCAGAUUUCAUGUAGAUAUAUCAAAUCACACACACACACACACACAUACAUACACAUACACACACGCACAUACAUACAUACAUACACACACACGCACACAUGCACACAUACAUACAUACAUACAUACAUACAUACAUAUACACACACGCGCACACACACAUACAUACAUACACACACACAUACACACACAUACACACACACACACACGGGAGGAGGACAUGAAGAUGAAAAGAUUGUGGGAAAUGAACAGGAACAAAGGGAGGGGAAACGGAGAGAGGAGGGGGGAGAAAUGAAUUUGGUCAAAGCACGUGAUGUACUUGUUUCAAAAUUAUAUACAUCACUUACUGCAAUGAAUAUAAGCAAAUAAAAUUUAUAUAAAAUAAAAAAAUACACAUGCAAAG